UGUGUUACAUGCCUUCCAAUUAUUAAGUAAUUAACAUUGUAAGUACCAUACACUGACGUAAGUGGCCCAACUUUCAGAUUGUGCACACAUUAUGCUUUUGGCACGUUAUAAUAAUUAUACACACUUGAGAAAGGCUGUAACCAUUUUGAGGAUCCACAUUUUGUGCUUGUGACACUUUAAUUGGCCUCCCUAUAGUACGUAUAUAGUAUAAGGUUUUCUGUGUUCAUUGCUACGUGUAUAGGGUUAAUUGCUAGAAAACCAAUGGCCCUGUGUAUUAAUUGUUGUGCUUGGUCUGGCCAUGAUAAUUCACACCAUAUAAAUCUGGUCUUUUAUUAUGCAUCGGUGCGCAUGCGCAAGCGAGGUAUACAGUAGUGUGUUUGUGUGUCUGUGUGUCUGUGUAGACUGCUAUGUAGCUGCUCAAGGAUCAAUGGAGUGCAAGUAAGAGUUUCUAUAGGCUUCUAGUCAUGGAUUUGAAUUCGUGGAUUUGCAAAAUAAUGCUUCGUUCUCAAGUUACGUAUGCUUAGUUUUGUACUUGGAAUGCCAUUGCAGCCUCUUCAGAAGAGUGCGUAGCAAAAUUAACUUGUUCACCGAGUGUUGCUACUCUACUUAGUAGUUAGCUCUGCACUAAAACGCUAGCUAUUGGUAACUGCAAGAGUGAGAAGAGAGCUGCACGGCUCCGCUGAUGCUGAACUUUUGGCAUCAAUCGUUUUUAAUAACAAUCAGUCGACUCUUUACAAUAAAACAAAAAUGCUCAUCAUAAUGUGUGUAUUUAGUAGUUUUGGCACCUCCACCGAGGCAUCAGCACCCGCGGUGCUUUCAUUAAUUAUCGCAAUAGUUAAUACUUGCACAUCAUGUCACAGUCAAGCUGUACAAAGAAGGCGUGAAAUAUUUAGAUGACCACAUAUACGAACCUAUAGCUAUAUAUAUAUACAGUGCAAUAUAGCUAUAUCUGUAUUUGUGCCGGCACUAUAAUAGCAAGACUAAUCAUGGAGAGUAAAAAGAUAGACCAGUAUAGACCAACUACGACUGUAAGAGUGCUGGAAUUCGUGUCACUGCUGGUGGCUACACUACUAGUAGUGGUAAUGUUAAUCUUCAGCAUUUUAUCAAACUUUCCACAUAUUGGGGUCGGAUUUAAGAACGGAACGAAAGAAGUCUCUGAUAUUUUCUACACUCAACUCACCCCUGCUGGAUGGACCUUCACGAUAUGGGGACUCGUGUACACAUGGCAAGUCAUCUGGAUUAUCUAUGGCUGGUCCUUUGUCUUCAGACCUGCGACUCCACGGGCAAUCUCAUUUGUUACUUACAUCUUGUACUCGAUUGGGCAGCUCUGCAAUAUAGCCUGGACUUAUCUCUGGGGAAAUUUGUAUACUGCAGCCUCUUUUGGUGUUGCAGUUGCGUUUUCCCUCAUAUUAUGCGCUAGUCUUGUUGCACAGGCCAUUCACCUCUACAGAGAAACACCUGCUCUCUCCUCUACAAAGAAGUUCAAGAUUGAUUUUUACAUCGCACGAAUUGUCGUGUUGAACAGUAUAGCUAUAUAUGUACUUUGGGUUGCUAUAGCGUCUGAACUGAAUUUUGUGAUUCUUCUGGUUUACUAUUAUGGUGUUGAUGACACUACAGCUGUUACUAUUGACUUGGCAUGUCUCCUCAUCAUAAUCAUCUCCUAUUUUAUUCUGGAAAACACAUUUUUCGACAGAUUCGCACGAUUUAUAUUUAUUGUGUAUCCAGUGUUUAUAUGGGCUUUCUCUGGUAUAGUAUCAGCACAUUGGGGAGUGGAAGAGGACAAUCGAAACCCGAUCUUUACUCUCGUGUUGCUGGUGUUGUGCAUAGUGCUGUUCAUUGUCAGGAUCAUUCUAUGGAUUGUCUAUGCAUUUGUACGUCCUCUGGCUGUCCCAAAAACUAGUUUGGGGGAUUUGUUUUGCAGCAUCUGUUUAAAAAAAUGAUAUUUGAAUUAGCUUGCUAUAUAUAGCUAUAGCCAGUGUACAAUUAUCAUAAUGUUUUAUUGUGAGUGGACAAAUGCAUGUAGAACUGCACCGUUAUAAGCAUUUUCUCUUGUUUAAACCGUUGUCUAGAGCAUCAUAUUAAUUAUCACCUAUUUUCUGACCUCAUGCAGCCAUGGUUCUGUCUUACACUGCAUCUGUAAUUAAUUGUCCUAAUAACAUAUGUACAUGUCAGUGUAUGUAUAGAGGGGUUUAUGACAAUAAACCUCCCGACCACAAGGGCGUAGGUCGAGGGAUGGGUGUGGUUUACUGUCAUAAACCCCGAGGCACUACAUGUGCAUUAACUGAUAUAUAUAUAUGUCCCAUUUGAUUGAUUGAUUGGUUGCUAUGCAUCCAGCCUAUAUAUAAGCUUGCAUGGCUACCACACAGCCCUGAGGUGCCAGUUAAAACGAGUGUAAAGCCCCGAGGCCAAGGAUGCUUUGCGUUGCCAUAAAUUCAAAUGUAUAGUGGACCAUAAGUGCUAUAAUUACACCCACUGGAAUGAACAAUGCUUGCUACGUAAUAAGCUACCUUACCAUGGAUACUAACAGUCUCAAAAACUUUUGAAAACAAACGACAAAGCUUGUGCGUAUAGCUUUUAGCCAGUGCUAAGCUUCUAGCUCUACGCACUAACUUAUCCAUGUCCAAACAGUGAGCCCCACCCUUUCUCCAGCCUUCCUGGUGUUUGGUAUAGUUUAUGAGGAAUGCGGAGUUUAUGGUAUAGUUAAACCCCAUGCAGUUGCUAUGAUACAGACCCCAAGUGGGGUAAUAUCACACUUAUACGUCACCACUAUCAUUGGUCAACAGCUGUACGAUACAUAGAAAAAUAACAUAGAGUCCCAAGCAUGCACAUACAGCUUUCAAGGAUUUUUCAAGUUUCAUUUUUGUAAGCAAUCAGAAAGGAGCCAUGCAUUCUUGACGGUAUACUAAGACUACAAAGCAACAGCAGAAACACGGACGCUGCCCGCUACUGUGGUUACAUACUACGCCUUGGAGUAACCAUGGUAGCUAGCUAGCAGAGGAUAUUAUGGAUAUCCUCCUCGUAUAUAUAUAUAUAUAGGUAUGGUACAUCGUAUACUUAUUUUCAGUCACUGUGCGGCGUACAAAAUGAGAUGCACGAGGGAAAGUUGCCUGCAUUUAGUCAUAAAUACUGCAAGCUGAUUGGUUAAAGGAAGUGUUCUAUCCAACUUAGAAAAUCAUGUACUUUCUUAGAAAGUAUGGGCUAGUAGAACCCUCACUAUAAUAUGUUCGGUAUAAUUAUACUAUAAUUAAUACAACCAGCCCUUUGGGCUUCUACAUGAUUUAGAAACUUCCUAAACCGUGUCUAAUUAUUAUGUAUAAUAAAGCGUAAAACACAUGGAUUCUCAUCUCGGAUCAAUUAAAUCAUGCCCCGAAGGCUAUACGCGAUCGUGUAAUCUACAGUAAUACAGAAGGGACUGUGAUAACUUUUAUUACACCUUUGUU